CCAAACCCCCAUUGCCACAGGUGGCGGGACAAUGAUCUGACCCCCACCCACCCUCAUCUGCCUCCUCCGAGGCCAGGAGGUUCACCCUACCGGCCCAGGCCUGCGGCGGCGCCAGGGCUAUUGCCAAACUGCACUUGCCAGAGUGGGUGAGCUCUGGCUUUGGAUAAUUGGGAAGUCUGUCUGCUCCUUAUUUUUCAGCCCCGGAAGGAGCUGUGUCCUGCAAACGGCACAGAGGCGGUGAGCAGCAGCUCAGUUUCUCCCCAUCCCCGGGGGCCAGUUUAUUCGGGGUCAAAUCAAGUUCAAGGGCUGCGGGGCCGAGCAGCCACUGUUCUGGAAGGCCCUGGUCCAAAGGGCGGAUGUGGCAGUCACUGAGCCUCACCCAGGCAGAAGCCCCAGAAACAAGACGGGUUCUGACUCGGCCUGUCUCCUUGGCCGGCCUCCAGGAUCCUUGGGCCAAGUCAUGGCAGCAGAAGCAACCGGAGCAGCCGCUGUUGCCCCCCGAUCUGGAGCUGGGGGGCUCGAGCCAUGGCAGGCCCUCAGCCCAGCCCAGCGCGGCCAGACAAGUCUCCCCCUGCCUCCGGACUGGCACCAGGAGAGGCCCCGGAAGAGGACCAUCCUUCUCCAGGGGCUGGGCACUUUCCAUAUUUUCAUCGCUAUGGUGCAUGUGGUCCUCGGGACUUCUCUGAUCUCUGCAGCCGGGAGCCUCCACCUGGUGGUGCUGAAGUCCUGGUACCCGUUCUGGGGAGCCGCCUCUUUCCUCUUCACGGGGAUCUCCAUGAUAGCAAUGGAAAUGGUUCCGAAAACCUCCCUGAAGGUGCUGUGCCUGGUAACACACUCCAUGAGCAUCUUCUGCGUGCUGGCCGGCCUCUUUGUCAUUGCCAAGGACCUCUUCCUGGAGAGUUCCCUUGAGUCCCUGGUCUGGAGACUACAGUUCCCCAACAGGACGGUGGUCUACAUGCAGAGGCUGGAGCUGGGCCUGUUCUGCCUCGUCUGCUUGGAGCUCUUCCUGGCGGGGCUCACGGCCGUCAUAACCUGCAGGGACUACCGCCUGUCUGCAAAGAAGGACGACUUGCCCCUUGCUCCUGACAUGUCACUGGGCUUCGGAGGGCCCCCGCCAUCCUACGAGGACGUGAUUCGAAGUGACACACGAGCGGAGCAGAGGCAGAGGUGAAGAGGCGCCGGCCCCCACCGCAGCGUCAGAACCCGCCCCGUUGCCCCUUCCCCGGGGGGCCAUUACCUGCCUGAUGGGGCAAACGAUGCCAUUUCAAGAACUGUCUGACCUGUGCUGGUGGCCUAGGUGGGGCGGUGCCCAUCUCCUCAGGCACAGAAGGGGCCCCCAGGCCCCCAGCCCCCUCAAGGCCCCUGCACCGGGUUGGCCAGAGCCGCCUCAGCUGGUCUACAGCACGACCGGGCUCUCCCCACCCGCCCCGCCAGCCCCGCCGCAGCGCCCGCUCCCACCCUCCACCUUCCCUGUCUGCUCUCCCCAGCCCGAGGUGGGUGCUCAGGGAGCUCGUCUACGCGGGGCCCCGGCAGCCUGGCCCUGCCCGGGCUCAGGCUCCUCAAGAGUCUCUGGGGGGACGGAAUCCCGGGGUUCAGGGUGGAGGCAGCGAGGGUGUUGAGUCAGACAGAAACCACGACCAGUUCUUCCCUCCAAAGUGCCCGUGAGGCUCUCUGCCGCCCUGGGCCUCGGAGUCUCCAACCUCACAGCGAGGGGCAGUGGAUGCAGCGACCAGCGCCCCCCACUGCACGGCUCUGACGCCAGGCGUCAGGUGAGGUUGCCCGGGAAACUUUGGCCUCAAAACCCCGCACCUACUUGCGCUGAGAAAGCGAGGUGAGGGAGAGAGACCCGCCUCCCUCGGUCCCCCAACUUCAGACAGUCUUCGCAGUUUGUGUUUAUUCGUGCACUGUAUCACUGUAUCGUAUUCCCUUUCUGUUUCCUUACAUUGACUUUUUCUCACAUAAUGAUGUCUCAGAGGGAUACUUUGUAUCGGCGCCAAAGAAAGUAUCUUUCCAUAAAGAGGAACUAAGGACAAAAAUAAUGUAAACAGGAUGGAAAUAAAGGAACAGUGACU